UUUGGUCUCGCUCGAAUGAAUGACUGUCUGUCUUUCUCUGCCCUGCAGAAAAAGCUUGCCACAAAGGGCGGCAAAAAGAAGAAGCAAAUCUUGAAGUUCACCUUGGACUGUACCCACCCGGUAGAAGAUGGCAUUAUGGAUGCUGCCAACUUUGAGCAGUUCCUUCAGGAGCGGAUCAAAGUGAACGGGAAAGCCGGGAAUCUCGGCGGAGGCGUAGUGACCAUCGAGAGGAACAAAAGCAAGAUCACUGUAACCUCUGAGGUCCCUUUCUCCAAAAGGUACCUGAAGUACCUCACUAAGAAAUACCUGAAGAAAAACAACUUGCGUGACUGGUUGCGUGUCGUCGCCAAUAGUAAGGAGAGCUAUGAGUUACGAUAUUUCCAGAUCAACCAGGACGAAGAGGAAGAAGAGGAGGAAGACUAGAAAAUUGCAAUGGGAUCUGGAGAUAUUUUGUACAUUCACUUGUCCUUGCAAUAAAAUGCAGCAAAAUUUGUUGUAA